UCUGUAGCUCCCGCUGGCCUCAGGCAAAGAGAUUCACUUGCCUCUGUCUCCUGACUCUUAGGAUUAAAGGUGUUCAACCCCACUUGCAGCCAUGUUUUCUUUGUAAUGUACAGGUUUUACUGGAGAGUAGAGCGUGUUUAUCACUGUCUGAAUUCCAGCAGAUGGGGGAGCAGUUGUAUUAGAUGAUUACAUUAUUUGUAUUAGUUUUGAGAUUUUACUCCAUUCUGAAAAGUGAUUUUUUUUAAGAGUCUCACCUGCCUCUCCUAGGACUGAAGGCAUGUGCCGCCACUGCCUGGCAAGAAUGAUUUAAUCCUUGAUUGGAAGUGCUUUUGGAUAUGACUGCUUAUUCCACCCUUUCUGUUCAUCCAUGGAAUUGGACGAUCCGGUGAUAUUUCUGCUGUGCAACCAAAAGCUGCAGGCUCUAGCCUGUUGAACAAAAUUACUAAUUCUUUGGUGCUUAAUGUCAUAAAGCUGGCUGGUGUUCAUUCAGUGGCCAGUUGCUUUGUAGUUCCUAUGGCAACUGGGAUGAGUCUAACCUUGUGUUUCCUAACACUACGACACAAAAGACCGAAGGCCAAGUAUAUCAUAUGGCCACGGAUAGACCAGAAGUCCUGCUUUAAGUCCAUGGUCACUGCAGGUUUUGAACCCGUGGUAAUAGAAAAUGUAUUGGAAGGUGAUGAGCUGCGCACAGACCUGAAAGCCGUGGAGGCUAAAAUCCAGGAGCUCGGGCCUGAGCACAUCCUGUGCCUUCAUUCUACCACAGCCUGUUUUGCUCCAAGGGUGCCCGAUAGAUUAGAAGAACUGGCUGUGAUUUGUGCUAAUUAUGACAUUCCACAUGUAGUCAACAACGCUUAUGGAUUACAGUCUUCAAAGUGCAUGCAUCUCAUUCAGCAGGGGGCUCGGGUUGGUAGAAUUGAUGCUUUCGUUCAGAGCUUGGACAAAAAUUUUAUGGUUCCAGUAGGUGGUGCUAUAAUUGCUGGCUUUAAUGAUCCCUUCAUUCAGGACAUCAGCAAGAUGUAUCCAGGAAGAGCCUCAGCCUCGCCGUCCUUAGACGUCCUCAUCACCUUGCUGUCACUGGGCUGCAGUGGCUACAGGAAGCUGUUGAAGGAGAGAAAGGAAAUGUUUGUCUAUUUAUCCACCCAACUAAAGAAGUUGGCAGAGGCCCACAAUGAAAGACUACUACAGACACCUCACAACCCUAUAUCCUUAGCUAUGACACUUAAGACGAUAGAUGGACACCAUGACAAAGCUGUCACUCAGCUUGGCUCAAUGCUUUUUACCAGACAAGUGUCUGGAGCCAGGGCCGUGCCUCUUGGGAACAUGCAAACUGUGAGUGGCCAUACUUUCCGAGGCUUCAUGUCCCACACAGAUAAUUACCCCUGUGCUUACCUCAAUGCGGCAGCAGCCAUCGGGAUGAAGAUGCAGGAUGUGGACCUGUUCAUAAAGAGACUUGACAAGUGCUUAAACAUAGUAAGGAAAGAACAGACUAGAGCAAGUGUUGUGUCUGGAGCUGUCGGCAACAAAGCUGAAGAUGCGGACAUUGAGGAAUUGGCUUUGAAACUGGAUGAUGUGCUUGGGGACGUGGGCCAGGGCCCUGCUUUAUGACACAGGGCUCUUUUUGACAGUUCAUACAAUGUACGUAAAGUUUUUGAAUCAAGAAUUUUAUAGAGAGUAUUCUGUCAAGGAAGAGACUGGUCUGAGGGUGAUGGCUUUUUAUCUUUAGAUUGCCUCAGAUGAUUCUCACUAAUAUAAAAUGUAAAGCUGCAGGGAAUUCUCACUCAGAUACAGAGAGCUUCUUAGUCAUUCUUCAGCAUUCAGAGAUUGUUUGUUCAUUUGUUUCCAAUCACACAGAAUUGAGAAAGAUCUGUUUCUAAUGCUGCUUAACACCAGAUGUUUAUGUAGCCGUAUCUGUGCCUAUUGAAGGGACGUUUCCCAAGGAAACAGGGCCAAGUCAUAGGCUUAAGAACAGUUAUUCUCAACUGGACUGGCUUCCUUAUAUGUGAACAGCAUGGAAAGACUCACAGUGGGUGCUAGUGGCGUUACGUGGUAGAACCCAGCAGUUCUGCUUAGCACCUCACCUACUGCCCAACACGUGGUCCUCAGAAGAAUUCUCCAGUCCAGGACAUCAGUAGUGAUGUGUUUUAGGGAAGCGAGCUCCGCAGUGAAAGAGGAGUUACCACAUGUGCUGCCUGAUGGAUGACACUGCUGUUUGUGGGCUGCAUGGAAAUCAGGGGGCUCAUGAGAGCAGUGCCUAGCGAUGUGGUGGGGGUCACGGUUUGUUCAGGUGUGUGCCAUGUUGUUCAUAUACCUAUAAAAUCAGCUAAUUACAUGUUUUAGACCAUAUCUCAGUGAUAUGUGCCUGCAAAAAUUUUAAAAAGUUAGGUCUGUGAAUGUUACUAAGGCUACUUCGUCAAGACUGUUAGUGACAAUAAGAGUCACUAGUUGCAAACAA